GCCGUCGACGGAUGUGAGGGAUGCAAGAUGUACAGUAGGCGAGGGCCGGCGGCGAGACAUGGCGGAAGAAGAUAAAGCGGUUCGCAUCUUACAGAGCCUGAGGGGCAAAAUCUGUGAAGCCAAGAACCUACCUCCAUACUAUGGUCCAAACAAAAUGCGGGAUUGUUUCUGUACUAUAAAACUGGACCAAGAAGAAGUUUAUCGGACAAAGGUCGUUGAUAAAUCUUUAAGUCCCUUUUAUGGUGAAGAUUUUUACUUUGAAAUUCCUCGAAGUUUCCAGUACCUCUCCUUUUAUAUUUAUGAUAAAAGUUUCUUUCAAAAGGAUGUGCCUUUUGGUAAAGUAUCAAUUCGAAAGGAAGAUCUGUGCAAGUACAACUGUCAGGAUAGCUGGUUUGCACUGCAGCUUGUUGACGCUAACUCUGAAGUUCAGGGAAAAGUUCACUUGGAAGUAAAACUUAAUGAACUUAUAACAGAGACAGGAUCAGUUUGUCAGCAAUUGGUAGUACGGGUAAUUGAAUGCCAAGGACUUCCUCUUGUAAGUGGACAAAGUGGUGAUCCCUAUGCCUGUGUUUCUCUGGUCGGCCCUUCUAGGUUGGAUCAAAAAAGAACCAAAGUAAAGAAGAAAACCAGCAACCCACAGUUUGAUGAAACAUUCUAUUUCGAAGUAACAAGAAAUAGCAGUUACACCAGAAAAUCGCAUUUUCAAGUUGAGGAGGAAAAUGUUGAAAAAUUGGAAAUCAGAGUUGAUCUGUGGAACAAUGAAAACCUGGUGCAAGAUAUUUUUCUUGGUGAAAUUAAGGUUCCUGUGAAAAUUUUAAAGAAUGACAACUGCCACCGGGCAUGGUACUUACUGCUACCAAAGGACAAUGGAAACAAGUCUGCAAAAUCGGAAGACUUGGGCUCACUUCGACUAUCUAUAUCCUACAAUGAAGAUUAUGUGCUCCCCUCUAACUACUACAGUUCUCUUAAUGACUUGCUGCUAAUAUCAUCAGAUGUUAAGCCUAUAUCUGCCUCAGCAGUUCAUAUCCUGGGUGAGGUGUGCCGUGAGAAGCAAGAAGCUGUAUUGCCACUUGUACGCCUGCUUUUGCAUCACAAGAAGCUGGUUCCUUUCCUUAGUGCCAUAGCGGAGUUAGAUCUUCAGCAGACACAGGAAGCCAACACUAUCUUCAGGGGAAAUUCUCUGGCCACACGCUGUAUCGAUGAAACAAUGAAACUCGUUGGAAAGCAUUAUCUGAAAGUGACUCUGAAGUCCACUUUAGAUGAAAUUUGUGACUCCUACAAAACCUGUGAGAUUGAUCCUCUUAAGUUAAAGGAAGGCGAUAAUGUUGAGGUGAAUAAGGAAAACCUUCGCCAGUAUGUUGAAAGAGUAUUCACUGUGAUUGUCAGGUCCAGUAUGAGUUGUCCCACGUUAAUGUGUGAGGUGUUUCAUUCACUACAAAACUUGGCAAGGAAGCAAUUUCCAGAUGAUCCCCAUGUGAAGUACUCUGCUGUAAGCAGUUUUGUUUUCCUUCGAUUCUUUGCAGUUGCAAUGGUCUCCCCUCAUAGUUUCCAUCUCCGGCCCCAUCAUCCAGAUGCCCAGACAUCUCGGGUCUUGACCCUAAUUUCCAAAACGAUUCAAACCUUGGGAAGCUGGGGCAGUUUAUCCAAAAACAAACUGUCAAGUUUCAAGGAAUCCUAUAUGUGUGAUUUCUUUAAACUAUUUCCAGAAGAAAAAUGCAUCAAGUCAGUUAAAAAGUUUAUAGAUGAAAUAUCAUCUGCAGAAAGUAAGGAACCCACUGGUGUAGAUGAGCUAAUAAUCCUCAAAGAAGGGGAAGUUAUUAAAAGAGCUCAGGGAAGAAAUCGAAUCCGUAAAGUGCAUAAUUUUAAGAAACGCUGGCUCCGUUUGACCAACAGAGAGAUCUCUUAUCAUAAACAAUCAGGUAAAGAGUCCCUCUACAGUAUCCUGAUAAAGAACAUUAUUGCAGUUGAGAAACUUGAAGAAAGAUGCUUCAACAGAAAAAAUAUGUUUCAAGUCCUCAGUAUUGAAAAACCUGAGAGACCACUUUAUGUUCAAGCCCGUAACUGUGUGGAGGCCAAUGAGUGGAUUGAGAUAAUCACCAGAGUGAGCCGUUCCAAUCCUGAGAGGCUGCGUGUUUACCAUCCUUGUGCUUUUAUAUCUGGAAGCUGGAUUUGUUGCAAAAAUACAGAUGAGAAAGCUGCUGGUUGCACAAGCUGUACUGGGGGUUCUCCAGCAAAUAUCCAGCUAGCUAUCGACUGUGACCGGGAAGCUGAAAGGAUAUUUUCACUGUUUCAUGCCAACCUGCCCAGGCUACAGAAAAUGGAAGAUGCCUGUGGGAGUAUAGAUGUGUAUCAAGGACCUCAACAGGAACAGGAUGAAUAUGCCCACUUUACUAUUGAAGACUCAAGAGUCACCUUUAAAACUCUUCAACAAAUAAUCACAGUCGUAAAUAAUUUGGCCACUUUUCACGAACAGUAUCGAAUCAAAAGGUCAACAAGUGCGAUAUAUGGCAGCGAAGAAAAUCCUAUCGGAGCAAAAUAAUCCCAGCUGAAGAGAGAGUAUUAUAGCUGCUGAAGCUAUACAGGAUAAGCCUCUGGAAUUACUUAUUCUUUUAUCACUCCUAUAUUGGUGUAAGUAUCGGAGAGGCUGGCGAGCCUGGCCUUUGGGAGACAUACAGAAUGUUUUACUGAUGACAUUUAUGUGAAGUCCACAAGAGUUCAAUGCACUUUAAUCAUCUGAACUUUCCCAGGUGAUCAUAAUUUAUAUAUUUUUUUUAAAAACUGAUAUUGGUAUCAAUUUUUUUCAGAUCAGUUGAAUGAUCCGUUUGGCCAUAACGUGGUUAUUCAUUGUGUCCGUUCUGUGUGUUUCAUUUGAUUUUUGCUGUAUAUUAUGUUGGAAGA